ACCGAAAGCUUAACAACUCAACCCCUGCAUAACGCCCCAUGGAUGCUCCUUCUUGGGCGGCAUGCGGCAUUGCUUGCCUUGCGGCUGCCUCCUUCCUCCUCCUCCUCUCCGGGCACUUCCGCCGCCGUAAACUUAAGCUACCACCUGGCCCAAAACCUUGGCCCAUCAUCGGAAACCUCAAUCUCAUUGGCCCACUCCUGCAUCGCUCGCUCCACGAUCUCUCUCGCAUAUACGGGCCCAUCAUGAAGCUCCAGGUCGGCUCCUACGACAUGGUUGUGUGCUCUUCCGCCGACAUGGCCAAAGCCUUUCUCAAGACCCACGAUGCCGUUUUCGCCUACCGGCCCAAAAACGCCGCAGGCAAGUACACGGCUUAUAAUUACUCCGGCAUGACUUGGUCGCCAUAUGGGCCCUAUUUUCAACAGGCCCGUAAAAUCUUCCUUGCACAACUAUUUAGUGCCGCAAGGCUUCAAUCUUUUGAGUACAUAAGAGUGGAGGAGAUGAGGUUGUUUACAAGAAAUUUAUUUGAGGCGAAGGGCCAGUCAAUAAAUUUGAAAGACCAUCUUUCGGAUCUCAAUCUCAAUGCGGUCUGCCGCAUGGUCUUAGGGAAGAAGUACACAGAUAAGUCAGAGAGCUCCAAUAUAGUGUCGGCUGAGGAGUUCAGGAAGAUGGUUGAUGAGUUGUUCUUGCUCACUGGUGUUCUAAAUUUGGGCGAUUUCAUACCUCUGCUGGAUUUUCUCGACUUGCAGGGUUACAUAAAGAGAAUGAAGGCCGUGAACAAAAAGUUUGAUAGGUUUUUGGAGCAUGUUUUGGGUGAACAUGAGGCAAGGAGAGUUGGAGUCAAGGGUUACGAGACCAAGGAUAUGGUGGAUGUACUAUUGCAACAUGUGGACGAUCCUAAUCUUGAGGUGAAGAUCGAAAGACAUGGGGUGAAAGCCUUGACCCAGGAGUUGAUAGCCGGUGGAACAGAGGGCUCGGCUGCAUCCGUGGAGUGGGCAAUGUGCGAACUCCUGAAGAACCCUAAGAUAUUUAACAAGGCAACACAAGAGCUCGACAACAUAAUCGGAAGGGAGAGAUGGGUCCAAGAAGCGGACGUCGCAAACCUGCCUUAUUUAAAUGCCGUUAUUAGAGAAAUGAUGAGAUUGCACCCGGUGGGGGCAUUUCUUGCGCAUCGCUUUGCAAGCCAGGACUGCAAGGUCGCUGAGUACGACAUACCCAAGGGCACGAGAGUCCUAGUGAGUAAAUGGAGCAUUGGGAGAGACCCCGAAUUGUGGGACGACCCUGAAAAUUUCAGGCCUGAGAGGUUCAUUGGGAAGGCGAUCAAUGUCAAGGGACAAGACUUCGAACUCUUGCCAUUCGGUUCUGGUAGGAGAAUGUGCCCUGGUUAUAAUCUCGGUCUGAGAAUGAUUCAAACAAGCCUGGCCAAUCUUAUACAUGGGUUCACAUGGAAAUUGCCCGAGAACAUGACAAGGGAGGACCUGAACAUGGAAGAGGUUUCUGGGCUAUCCACACCCAAGAAGAUCCCAUUCAUUGCUGUUGCUGAGUCAAGGCUGCCACUUCAUCUUUAUUGAGUCUGUGUGACAUCUCACGCUUCGUCUUUCCUUUUUGUCUUUGGGGUUUAAUGAUGUUGUGGGUAUCAAAUCAAAAACCCGCUUAAGUACUUUCACGCUGUGGAAACUAAAAGAGAACCUGAGUCUUUAUGAAUUGGUAAUGAGUUCAUAUUAAGUUGUCGAUAGAGCAAUCGAUAAGUACUAGCAAACUGGUGACCGAUGCAAAUUGGCGUUUUGUGGCCGACAUGUCAUCAAUGAAAGGUGAUCAACUAAGAUAGUAGUCGAUGCACGAUGACGAGUGGUCAAUUACACUACGACAUAAGUGAAGACUGUAGAUGAGUAUCUGAAUGAGAACUGAAUUAGAAGAUAUCCGUAAAUUGUAACCGUCUAUGGAUAGUAACGUGCUGUCGUUGAACCAAGAUUGCCACUUCAAGUUUAUCAAACUCUGUGUAAAAUGGCAGGUUUGGUCUACUACGGUCAUUCUCUUUGUUCGAUUUCGUAUUUUAUUUUGGGUAUCAAAUCAAGGGACUGUCUUAAUUUUAUCCUGA